CUUUUGUAUAAGUUUUGCAUAAUAUAAUGGAUGUAUUUAAUGAUAUAUGAUACAGUCGGAAGAGACCUAUAUAACUUGAUAUGCACAGAUAUUAUCACCUGCUGAUCAAAAGAAAUGAAAAUGAAAUGACAAGCUAUGAAGAUGUAUAUAAACAAAAGGAACAUAGACGAUGAUAAUGAGAUUGACGAAGAAUAGAGACAAGGACAGGGACCAGAGGCGAGGCAGAGAAGAACCACGACGAAGUUAGUGGGUGACGAAAUCCUCAUAGACAAAGAAUAAGAGGAGCUAGUAGAGCUGAAAAGGGUUCAAGAAAAAUGGUAGGAACUCCUAUUAAUGGAAGAGCAAGGCCAGCUUUUGCAGUUGUAAAUCGUGGAAAUGAUCAACAACAUGGCCCUAUCCACCUAGCAAUGCUGGGUCGGAUUAUGGUGUUAUAGAGUUCAUUAGAGAAGAUAUUGAAGCCUUGCUAAAUGAAAAGUCCAAAAGGAAAGACAGAUUCAAUUAUAAGUUUGCGUCUCACCUGAUAUCUGGGAGUAACAUAGCUUGAGUCUGAGAUAUGGGUGACGACAUUGAUGGAUGGGCAAACAUUCAUGAUUACAUCUUGAAGGAAAUUGCAGAGCACUUCUAUUUGUACGAUGAUUUCAUCCAACUUCGUUUAGUUUGCAAGCAAUGGAGCUUGAAACUUCCAGAGAUCUCCAGCGAGAUUUUGUGGCUGCUGGUACCCGAAGAAUCUUCCAGUACUCAUAUUUAUGAAGACGAGGAGAUCUACCAUCUCAUGAACUUACCUAUUGCUGAUGAAGUACCGCUUGAUAUUCAGUCUCUUGAUGAAGACGAGAUCCACCAUCUCAAGCUACCAGAGAUGCAGAACAAAUUGAUCCGUGGUUCUUUUGGUGGAUGGUUGAUCGUCCUGGAUAUGUACCAAUGUUCGAUGUAUAUGUUAAAUGCAUUUACAAAGGUCCGAUUAGAUCUUCCUCCAAUAUCAACUUUUCCGGAUAUAAUUGACUACAAUCCUAACAAUUAUGGCUUUGAAUAUACUGUUCUGAAUUUGGAUGAUGAAAAUAAGGAUGAUAUACACUGUUCGAAAAGUUUCAUAAAUAGUACCGAGGUUUGGAAGGUUAUUAUAAAUUCAUGUCCUAGCAAUGACAAUGAAGAUUUUUUGGCAGUGGCCAUAUAUGGACCUCGUUGUACAUUAGCCUUUUACAAACCAAAUGAUAAGAGAUGGUUAGAUCUUUCAACUAGAAAACCGUCGUUUCAUGAUGUCAUAUUUUUUGGAGAGAAGAUAUAUGCAGUAGACGAAGAUGGCCAGCUAUACGAAUUUGAUACAAACACAAAAUCAGGGCCUGUAGGUGGUAUUCAUGAAGCCAAACCUCCCUCUGAUGCUGCGGUGGGUCCUUACCAGCUUAAAUAUUUGGUUGGGUGUGCUAACGGAAGUUUAUUGAUGUUGGCGAGACAUUUUAUGCCUGUAAGUCACUGGACUUCCAAAUUUGAUAUCUAUGAAUUAAAGAAGAAUGCAAAAGAAUGGUCCAGACUAGAUAGUUUGAAAAAUUACGUACUGAUGAUUGGACUCAACUCUUCUGUUCAAAUGCUGCCUGCAAGUCUUCAAACCAAAGGAAAUCAAAUCUACUUUACAGAUAACCUAUUAGAAUUGAAACCGUACCGUGCCGAAUAUCAAGAUAUUGGCAUCUUCAACUUGGACGAUGGAAGUUGUCAUUUUCUAUUAUGCGAAGAAAAGUUCAUGUGUCCUCCUGUCUGGUGUUAUUCUAGCUCAUUUCUUUAGUGUUUUUAUUAUUAUUUUAAAAGAUUAUUUGCAGUGUGUUUGUUCUUCCUUAUAGUAAAAUUUUAAUGAAAACAUGUUUAUCUCCAUUUUGUUAUUAUUCAGUA